GAUCACUGAUGGGUCCGGGGGGGAUAUUCAGACGUUUCCUUCUGACAAUAGUGACGUCAUCAUUUUGUCUGUUCACAUUAUACGGACUGUUUUUCUGGGAUAUUCUUCCGUCGAGGCAGGUGAAAGUGAUAGAUCACAGCAUCAACUGCAGCAAGAUAUUCGAAGGUGACAAAGACGCAAUAGCAAGAGGGAAGCGUGUAACGCAAAAUAAUGACAUCAGGCAAUAUUAUCCACUUCUCAACACAAACUGCACAGAAUUCCUGUCCAAGAGAUUGUAUAUACAAGAGGUUUCAAAGGCCGAGGAGGAAUUCCCCAUAGCAUUUACAGUUCUUAUGUAUAAAAGCUUCGAACAGUUUGAACGCCUACUACGCGCGAUCUACCGUCCACACAACGUGUAUUGUAUUCACGUUGACGCCAAGUCGUCGUUGGAGGUCCGAAACUCAGUGACCUCACUUACAACGUGUCUUCCCAACGUCUUCCUGUCGUCCCGGUCGGUGGUGGUAAAGUGGGGAAGUUUCACCGUGCUGGAACCAGAACUGGUGUGUAUGCAGGAUCUGCUAAAACACAAGUGGCGUUAUCUGAUUAAUCUCACAGGACAGGAGUUUCCCCUCAAGACCAACAUGGAGCUUGUCCAGAUUCUCAAAGCGUACGAUGGCGCCAAUGACAUUGAAGGAACCGUUAAAAGAAUACCGGAUCGAAAUUCUCGAUGGGGCACCGCUGGCGUUCCUCCCCACAACAUCCGCCCAGUAAAGGGCGCCGUCCACGUGGUCGCUAACCGUCAGUAUGUGGAGUACAUUGUUCACGACCCAGUAGCUAAUGAUCUGCUCAUGUGGUUGAAACGAACCAAAUUUCCGGAUGAGACGUUCUUUGCAACAUUAAAUCAUAAUCCGCACCUCAAAAUACCAGGAACCUAUCAAGGUCAGCCGGAGACAGAUCCAGUCAAUAAACCCUUCUUGGCCCGAUACAAGGUGUGGCAGGGAGGGAAGUUAUUUGGUGGAGAUUGCCAGGGGAAAUAUGUCCGAUAUAUUUGUAUCUUCGGGGUGGGAGAUCUGGCCAAGUUACCAGAGAGGAAAGAAUUGUUUGCCAACAAGUUUCAUCUGGACUUCCAGCCAGCGGCCCUCCAGUGCAUGGAUGAGUGGUACUUGAGCCGGACUCUACGUGAGCGUAGAGGAGAAUCUACGUUUGAUGACUCGUAUUACAAAACACUAGGGUUCGUUAAACACAAGAUCCCACUCACGUAACACUGGCUAGAGCUCCCUUUCACAUUCCAACAUGGCGCUGAUUGGGGUACUUCAUAUGUAUCUCGUGGCCAUUGCUUUUGAAUUUGAAUGGAGAUCCGCGAAUCUGACCAACGUUAUUCCAGUAUCACGGAGAAAAUAUUUUGUGUCGAUGAGGUUUUAAUGAAAUUUUACUGUUGCGAUGUCGAAAUGGAGACGUUUAGAACGGCGUCAUAUUAAUGUAAGAAGACGACCCAACUUGACGAAGGUUUUAGACUCUUUGUAGUUAUGUGAAUCACGAGUGUAAGGUGGUGGCAAACCAAGGCUUAAGUUUAUGUUGCACCUGGGACUCGAACUGGAACAAGGCAUGAUGAAGGGACGUAACUCUGCACCACAGAUUGCAAUCCUUCGUCUCCACUGUACCUCCGAUAGACACCUCCGUAUGUCUAACAACUAUCUAUUCCUAUUCAACAGGCUUCCUCUUAAACAUGACAGAAUUCAUAUGUAUAGUAUAAUAUUACUUCAUAAUUUGUAUAUGUUGGGUAUAACAAGUCUUUUAAUUUGAAAAACUCCAGCCCGAAACUGUAGGUAAACGUGGAAUUUCAGGAUGGGAUGUGUUUUACUCAGUAAAACAGGGUUAGCCAUAGUAUUGUUUUCAAGAAUGGGUGCAAUUCUUACUGUAUGUUAGUAUCAAUAGGGUAUUUCACGAUUUUGUUGGUUUCAAAUAUUUGGAUACCCAUCGCGGUAGAGGUUUUUUUAUGAUUGAACAUGUUCAAACAGUGAACUAGCAUCAUUCAUCAUUACUUUGUUUCCCAAUUGGGUCUACCUGAAGAGUAGAAUUGCAUCAAUCAUUGUAUUCAGGAGUUGGGCGUCCUUCAAACAGCGGCAUAAUUUCAAAUAUUGUGAGACUGUUUGUGUGACUGGGGCGAGUAGCGAUCACUCUUAUCCUCUUUAAUGGUACUUUUUGGGACUGUCAACUGAGCACAAGGCCGUUUUCGGUCAAGUACAUACUUUCGUGUCUUCCGUGUGUGGUGUGUGUGUGUGUGUGUGUGUGUGCAUGUAUGUGUGCGUGCGUGCGUGGGUGCGUGCGUGUGAGUAUUUAUAGAAUUUAUGAACUGACUUUUUCCAGGAACAUCCAGCUUUUUCCAAGCUCAAGGUGUUGCUUAGAGUAAAAGGUCAGUCAUUGUCAUCUUAUCCAGAAACUGAAGAUGUUUAUCUCUUUGGAAUAAAUUAUCUUGUUUGUCAAA